UAUACCCGCCGACUCUCGAAUCCGAUCCCGAACAAGCACGGAAAUCGAACCGAACAACAACACCAUAUGCAACCUGUACACAUUACAAGAUGCCCAAUAGUCGAUCAACCACUAUCCCCAAGAGCCUCGGUCAAAAUAGGUAGUCUACAGUAUACACCCAGAAAACCUCUCGUCCAUCAACCUCAACCUCCAUAUACCAUACAUACAGUAACAUACCCCAAACCUCAGGCAUCCAAACCCCCACAUACUCACCUUGCUUCCCCACCACCACCACCUCAACUUCCAACGUUCCCAUAAAAACAACCACAAACAACCUGCCUCAUCCCCCCUCCACAUCACCCCAUCAUACACCUCACUCACCACUUCCCCUCCCAUAAACACCACCACCAUGGGUAAAAACAAAGGCAGCAGCGGGGGCGGCGACAAGAAGGGCAAAGACAGCGGCGGCAGCGGCGGCGGCGACAAGAAAGGCCUCAAGCCGGCGACGGCCAUCAACGUGCGGCAUAUUCUUUGCGAGAAACACUCCAAGAAAGAAGAAGCCCUAGAGAAACUCCGCAACGGGGCCAAGUUCGACGAGGUCGCCAGGGAGAUGUCGGAGGAUAAGGCGCGGCAGGGCGGAUCCCUGGGAUGGAAGGUCCGCGGCAGCUUGAAUGGGGACUUUGAGAAGGCGGCGUAUGAGCUGGAGCCUAGUACGACGGCGAAUCCGAAGUAUGUGGAGGUGAAGACGGGGUUCGGGUAUCAUAUUAUUAUGGUUGAGGGGCGGAAGUAGAUUUCUUGUGGUUGGGUUGAGUUGAAGAAGAUUUACUUGGUAAUCAGAGGGGUGAGAGGGUGGGUGCCAUUGCGGUGAUGGCAGGCGGAGUGAUGAUUGGAAGCAUAGGUCUAUGGAGAUGAUGAUUUCUAAACUUAAUAUAUACAAUGAUGGGAUGGGAACUUUGAUGGCGCAGGUGAACACCCCUGACUACUCCUUCUUUGCGGCCGCAGCGGCGGCUCUCGCCUUCUCCUUGGCCUUCUUCUCCUGUCGCUGCACAACCGCCUCUGCGCCGACGCCGCCGAACACCAACAGCACCCCCAGCCACUGGCCCGCCGACAGUGAGUGUCCGAACCAGAACACGCUCAGCAGCAUCGUCAGCAUCUUGCGCGUCACCGUCACCGUCACCAGCAGCAGCGACGAGAACCGCGAGAGCGUGUAGAAGAUGAACAGCUGCCCGACCGC